AAACGAUCUUUUCCGUACAAAUUCCCAACCGAUGGUUAUUCAUGUAAUUUUCAACACUUCAUAAUCCAGCUUACCUACAAGUACUCAGAUUCAUCGAGCGUGCAGUCAGUGGCUAAACCAUUCGUUGCAGGCACGUCUUGUGAGAAGGAAGUUGGUUGUGCUGAAGUUCGGCGACAAUGGUGACAGGGCGGCAGAAGCGGCAGCAGAGGUUGGGCAUUUUCUGCGGUGUCUUUAUGCUGUGUACAUUUGCAGUAGCUGCAAAGGAGUACCAGAACUGCACUACCAGUGACUCUAAGCCAGGCAUCUGCGUCUAUCAGUAUCAGUGCAUUAACGGAGUCCUCGGUGUUUCCGGUGAAAACAUCAUCGAUGUGCGAUUCUUCGAUGACUGCAAUGAUUAUCUCAUGAAGUGCUGCAUUGAACCGGUUGAUGACGAUGAACCGGAAACGGCAACGGACCCGCCGCCGUCCGCGGAUACUGUCGCUGAGUCCACGACGGUUGGACCCGCAGGACCUACGCAGGAGCCACCGCCCUCCACGGGUGGAAGUGAUCGUGGAAAAGGGAACCGUCCUGGUGUGAUAGUGCCACCGUACGCCCCGCAGGAGUGUGGGCAGCGUAAUCCACGGGGCGUUAUGUUCAGAAUUCAAAACGAGGAAUUUAGUGAGACCGAGUACGGCGAGUAUCCGUGGGUGGUGGCCAUCUUUCGACGAGUGAACGGCUCCUCGCUGAAGUAUCUAUGCGGUGGAGCAUUGCUCGAUGGAGCGGCGGUCCUCACGACGAGCACCUGUCUUUACAAGUACCGCAACAACCCUAGCCAACUGGUGGUCCGGCUGGGUGAGUGGGACAUGAGCACGACCCGCGAACCGAUACCGCACGUGGACAGCGAUGUACAGACGCUGCACGUCCACCCUCAGUACGGGUUGACGAGCAAGAUCAACGACAUUGCCAUCGUGAUUCUCACCGAUACGGUGGAGUUCAAUCACACGGUCGGCGUGGUGUGUCUACCGCCGCAAAGUAGCGAGCACUGGCCGAACUUUAAAGAUGUCAUCGGUGUUGGCUGGGGUGAGGUACCCAAAUUUGUCCAAAAGCAGCCGCAGACCAUUCUAAAGAAGGCUCACCUGACGUCCGUAGACCACGAGUCCUGCCAGCGGAAGCUUCGCAAGCUGGUGGGGCCAAAGUACACGCUGCACCGAAGCUUUCUGUGUGCCGAGGGAACACCACCGGAAAUGUUACCGUGCAACGGGGACAACGGAUCACCGUACAUGGCGGAGAUCGAGCGGGGCAGUGAGCGGUACUAUCUCGUGGGGCUCAUCUCGUGGGGCUUCGACUGCAAUCACUCGAACGCACCGGCUGUGAUGACCAAUGUGGCGUACAAUCGAGAGUGGAUCGAUGAGGUGAUCCGAAGUGAGCAUCUUAGUCCGUGGAGCUACACCUACCAACGGACGGAGGAAUUCGGAGAAUAAUAAAGCCACAAAGCACCAGCGAACACCGUUUGUAUUGAACGGACUUCUUUGCUUUUAUUCGUUGCGAAUACAUUGA